AGUAUUUGGAAGCAUGUUUUUAGUGUAUUUUGCGUCGGUCGCGAAGGAGCAACAAGUUGUGAGGGGAACUUCCAUCUCUUUCAGUUCCAUUGACAAAUUUGAUAAGAGUGAAAGAGAAAGGGAAUAUCUCAGCUGUACCUCUCACAGCAUCUCAUUGAGUCCAUGAACUCAAACCAUUCGUCACUCUUGUGCCAGAAAAUAGAGUUGAGUGAAGGAUUUUCUAUCAGUGCAUAGGGAUCUUAAACCCUUUUCUCUCUGUGUUUUAAUAUGAAAUAUUGUGAGACACGACGAAAUGGUUGAGGUGAUAACGCAACUGAGCGAUAAGCAGAAAGCCGUGUCGAUCGGCGUGAUUUUAGCCGUGUCUGUGACUAUUUCCCUCCUUUGUGGUGAAAAUCUUAUAGCCCAGGCCAUUGUGUUCCUAAUCGGUUGGUUUCUUCUUACGGGAAACCGUCCAACAAUCGUAUUCGUCAUCGGGAAAACCCUCCCGAGAGAUCUUAAACUUCUAGUUCGUUAUGUUAAGCUUAACUACUACUUGAAGAAAUGGGACAGGGCUGGUUGGACUGUAGGCCAUGUCUUCCAGAGCGUUGUCCGUCGUCAUCCAAACAAGAAAGCUCUGCAAAUCGACGAUCACAUUAUGACCUUCCAGGAUGUUGAAAAUCUUAGCAAUCAAGUGGCUAACUACUUCCACGCGUUGGGCUUCCAUCGAGGAGAUACAAUAGCCCUGCUAAUGGAGAAUAAACCGGAGUAUGGGUGCAUGUGGCUUGGAUUAUCUAAGAUUGGUGUUAUCACUGCGCUUAUCAAUACAAACCUCCGUCGAGAUGUUCUUCUUCAUUCGAUUAGAAUUGCUGACGCAAAAGCAGUGAUCGUUGGAACUGAAUUAAUCGAUGCAAUGGAAGAGAUCCGAAAUGAGGAAGAUAUAGCUAAACUACCGAUCUAUCAGCAUCACGAUCCGAUGCAGGUUAAGCAAAACCUACCUCAGAUGUCCGGUACCAUAGGCUUAACAGAUGCUUUGACUGCUGCAUCAACGGAUUCUCCAACUGAGCAGAUGAACAAAGGCAAGGCAGUGGAUAAGAUGGUCUACAUUUACACAUCAGGAACCACAGGGCUCCCCAAAGCUGCAGUCAUAACUAACGCUAGGUACAUGUUCUUCGUUUGUGGAUGUGGAUUUAUGAAUGGCGUAAGACGUUCCGAUAUUAUCUACAAUCCUUUGCCGCUCUACCAUACGGCUGGUGGAAUGGUUGGUCUAGGAACGGUUUUCCUUCUGGGAACGACGAUGGUGCUACGAAAGAGAUUCUCAGCUUCAAACUUUUGGACUGACUGCAUAAAGUGCAAAGCAACGGCUGCCCAGUACAUCGGAGAAAUUUGCCGAUAUCUCCUGUCGAUGCCAGAUAAACCUCAUGACACUGGCCACUCUGUGCGAUUGAUGUUUGGAAAUGGAUUAAGACCACAAAUCUGGCCACAAUUUGUGGCUAGAUUCAAUAUCCAAGAUAUCGGAGAGGUGUACGGGUCUACGGAGGGAAACUCCAAUUUAGCCAAUAUCGACAAUACGGUGGGAGCUGUUGGAUUUCUUCCAGAGUAUGCAGCAUUUUUGUAUCCUGUUGCAUUGAUAAAAUGCGACGAAGAUACAGGGGAGCCCCUGAGGAAUAAAGAGGGCUGGUGCAUUAAAUGCAAGCCAGGAGAAGCCGGAGUUUUCCUUGGUAAAAUUGCAAGAAAAAAUCCAUUGAGAGCUUUUGGGGGAUACUCUGAUAAGAAAGCAUCAGAGAAAAAGAUUUUGAGGGAUGUCUUCAAGAAAGGCGAUGCUUACUUCAAUUCUGGAGACAUCUUAGUUCGUGAUAUCUACGGUUACUUCUUCUUCCGGGACCGAACUGGAGACACCUUCAGGUGGCGAGGUGAAAAUGUGUCAACGUCUGAAGUUGAAGCUGUCAUAAGCAAUAUUGUAGGCCUGCACGAUUGUGUUGUGUACGGUGUAGAGAUCCCUCAUGUUGAAGGUCGAGCUGGAAUGGCAGCUAUAGUAGAUCCUCAGAGAGAAAUCAGCUUGGAGAAUCUAUCAAAUGGUGUCAGAGGAUGUCUUCCGGCAUACGCUAGGCCAGUUUUUGUUCGUCUAAUGAAUGAACUGUCAAUGACUGGGACGUUUAAGAUGAAGAAGUUAGGACUACAAACUGACGGGUUUGAUCUUGAGAAAGUUCAAGAUCCAAUUUACUUCCUCCAUCCAGACGGAGUUUAUAGGCUUUUCACGAAGGACGACUACGAGAAGAUCCAGAGUGGAAAUGCCAGGCUGUGACUUUAAUUUCUUCCCUACUUGGUCACUGUUUUUGUUGUUACUCAGUUGCACAAGGACUUAUUUUUAAGUGACUUGUACAAGAGUAUUUCUGGUGAACUACAUAAUUUUUUUGUAUGGUGAUGAAGAGGUAGUUAAUAAAUAAAAACACUUAAAAAAUGUAUAUAGAAAAAAA